AUGUCUAGCUCGGAGAUGCACGUUCGCGGGGCCCUGACCGUAGAUUACAGCUCGGUCGCUGCUACGGUAUUUCUGUUAUGGGAUAUAAUCAUUACGAUUGGGGACGAGGUUGGCUAUAUCUGGCCGAAACCUCGUACUUACUGGGCCAAAUGGCUGUUCUUAUUCGUGAGAUACUUCGCGCUGGUCCUCCAGAUCUCCCUACUUUUCGUCGGCACACGGGUUGCGGCCGAUCUCGGUUACACGCAUAGGGCUUGUGUAAUCUGGUACAUAUACCAGGAAGUGGCCGUAUCUAUGCUCAUAAUCACUGUGGAGUUUAUUCUGGUCAUUCGAGUCAAAGCGCUGUAUCACCAGAACAACAUCGUCGCCGGAAUCGUGUACCUCCUGUAUCUGGUGGAAGUUGUAGCCAUGGUCGUCUCACUGGCCAGAGCCGUUCCAAAGGUCGGGUUUGACUCCGCAUGUGUUGUGACGAGCAGCCCGAUUGAACUGUUGCACUUCGCAAUCGCAUACAUUGGGUUCGAGGUCCUGCUCUUCCUUCUCACGGUGUACAAGUUGGUCGAGACGCUAUAUAAUGGCUGGGGCACCACGCCCGUUCUUAAUGUCAUUGUUCGCGAUGGAACAUGGGCGUUCGUAUUGAUUUUCGUCACCCUCGUCUUCAACGCCGUCUUCUACCUGACGGCAGCCAAGGGUUCGUCUACAGCAGCGGUAGCAUACUCUUGGAUCAUAUCGGUUGAAUCGUUCGCGGGCUAUCGCAUCCUCUUGAACAUGCAGAAGCUCGAUCCCCACGACAUCUCAACUCUGGAUUCGCCGACGCUUUCGACGGAUAUCCAAUUCACGACCAACAUCGAGCUCGAUCACACCACUGGAUCCAUCGACGAAGCCGAACCAUAUUCCUUCCCGUCCACCAACGAGUCCGAUGAAGCUCGACAGUCGUUCUUGAACUUGGGCAAGGGCGGUAUUUGGGGCGCCAAUACGAAAUCGCGCGGUGCUCGCCGUGGGAGCGGCGGGCGCUCGCGUUUGGACAUUCUGCGGGGUCGACUGUCCUUCUCUCCGACCACCGCCUCCAACACCAACGAGGAGUUCGAGAUGUCUGUGACUUCGAGGAGCGGUUCCACCAGCGGUCAUGGCUCAAGCUCCCGCGGGGAACGAGACUGGAGCAAACCUUCCACGAGCUACGCAUAG